AUGACUUCAUUUACCAAACGAGAUCUCUUUGGAGGGACCAUAACUGCUACAUUGCCAUCCAGGCUAGUCGACGCCUCUAAUCUGCGUCAAGUCCCAGACACUCAAGAGGUCCUCUUGUAUCCUGACUCCAGCGUCAGCAUCAUCUUCGAGAUCUUACAGAGGGUCGAGCCUGAUGACUUUUCUAAUGCGGCCAGGUUUCAUUUUGACUCUUUGGCUCACGAUAAUUCGGCGCAGUCAAGCCAAGUGCAUGAAAUAACUGUCAUCCCGAAUGACAGAGGAGAUGAUACCCCUUCUCCCAUCGCUCUUUAUGGGACUCAACUUGUUCAGAAAUUCAAUAGGGCCAGUGCGGAUGAUGUACGAGUUCUCAUGGCCCUGUAUAGAGUGGAAACUAAGGGCGUGGAUCUCGUGCUGACCAUGAACGUGCCCAUCACGUCCUCCGAUGAUGGCGCCGUUGGAGAGGAAGGUUUCACCACUAUGAGGGCAGAUUUUGACUCUGCCGUGCGCUCUUUGCGCAUCGUCGAUUUCGGUUUAUUUGCGUAAAAGUAGGAUGGUCAUCGAUGCAUACUACAGUCGUUUGCAUGACAGCUUGCACUCGAUGCGGGCGAAAAACUGUUUGUUGUAGCCAAAUAGUCACAUGGGUCACACUGUUACCUACUGUUACUUCGUAAAGUCGGCGGUUGCUCUAUGGCACCUCAGCUC